CUGUUUCUCUUAGAUAUAGAAAUCAUCAUGACAGAGAAUCCAGCAUUCCACAGCACCUUGGAUGACCUAAGCCCUUCCAAUUCCUCAACACUGACCAACCAGAACAUCACCUAUGUGGAUUUCUACCUCCACAAACCCUCCGUGGCCACGGUCUUCACCGUGUCCUACCUGCUUAUCUUUGUUGUCUGCAUGUUGGGCAAUGGCGUGGUCUGUUUCAUUGUGCUGCGCAGCAAAAACAUGCACACGGUCACCAAUCUAUUCAUCCUGAACCUUGCCAUCAGUGACCUGCUGGUUGGCAUCUUUUGCAUGCCCACCACGCUGGUGGACAACAUCAUAACAGGAUGGCCAUUCGGUAGGAUUGUAUGCAAGCUAAGUGGGAUGGUUCAAGGAAUAUCUGUUUCUGCGUCCGUGUUCACUCUAGUUGCAAUAGCUAUUGACAGGUUCCGCUGCAUUGUCUACCCUUUCAAGCAGAAGCUAACCAUUGGCACCUCAAAGCUAAUAAUCAUCAUCAUAUGGGUCAUGGCUGUCUUCAUCAUGUGUCCGUCAGGGGUCAUGCUCCAGGUCACAAAGGAGCAGACUGUGCGAAUAGUCGCUGGCCCCAAGAGCGACACCCGUCCUUUCUACUGGUGCCGUGAGAACUGGCCCAGUCAGGAGAUGCGGAAAAUCUACACCACCGUCCUUUUUGCAAACAUCUACCUCGCUCCUCUCAGCCUCAUUGUGAUUAUGUAUGCCCGAAUUGGCUUUGUCCUAUUUAAGACCGCUCUUCCUCCCACAAGGGGCGGCAGAGCUGUACCUGGAGAGGGAAUUGACAACAAUAAAUUAAGUGUGGAUAGUCGUCACACAAUCUCAAGGAAGAAAAAGCGCGUGAUAAUGAUGCUUCUGGUUGUCGCUCUGCUAUUCAUCUUGUCUUGGCUACCUCUGUGGACGCUGAUGAUGCUGAGCGACUACGCCAGCCUGACAGAGCACCAAUACCGCAUCAUUAAUAUUUACGUGUAUCCCUUAGCUCACUGGUUAGCCUUCUUCAACAGCAGCGUCAACCCCAUUAUCUAUGGCUUCUUCAAUGAGAACUUCCGCAGAGGCUUUCAGGCGGCUUUCAAAUUCCAGCUGUGCUCCGUCGACAUCGUGCGCCAGAGGACCAUCUCCCAUCGGAUCAGAGGAAACGCUGUGCUCCCAGUUCAGCGCGCCAACCACAGCAGAUCAGGCUCAAGAGUGGGAUCGGUGCGAAUAGGAAAUGGAAAGGAGGGUGACUCUUUCGCUGAUAGAAAAGAUGUAAACAAACAGGAUUUGAUCUUGGAAGACCUGGAAAAUGUGUCUCAGAUUUAA